AUGGCAAUGCUACAAUUGCUUUCUACUUCUCCAACGAAUGCUGCAUCUGAAAUAUUAAGUAAUGGAGAUGAAGGGAAAGCUCUUUUAACAUGGAAAGCCAGUCUUGACAAUUACAGCCAGUCCCAGUUGUCAUCUUGGUCAUCUUCUGCCAAUCCUUGCAGCAACUGGAUUGGAAUUCGAUGCAACAAGGCUGGAAGGAUAUCGAUCAUUAACAUUACUAGGUCUGGCAUUAAAGGUACACUUGAUCAUCUGAAUUUCUCGUCUCUUCCCUAUUUAACUAGAAUUGAUCUUUAUUAUAAUGCAUUCUAUGGGACCAUUCCAUCCCACAUUGGCAACCUUUCUAGGCUAAUCUAUCUUGGCUUGGAUUCAAAUCAUUUCAAUGGUGCCAUUCCAAUUGAAAUCAGCCAACUAACCAAUCUUAGGUUCUUGUAUUUGUCCAAUAACUCAUUCUAUGGUCCCAUCCCCAAAGAACUCAUGUUUCUCACGUCUCUUGUUGAACUCAGUUUGGUAGUGAAUCAGUUUACAGGAUCAAUCCCUGCUUCAAUUGGAAAUUUGACCAACCUAAGCUAUCUGAACCUUCGAGCCAACAGACUCUCAGGGCGCAUUCCUUCAGGAAUUGGAAACCUGACAAAACUCCAAGAAUUGUCAAUUGCUACGAACCAGCUAUCAGGCCCCUUUCCGGAAGAGAUUGUGGAACUGAGAUCUCUUACUGAUCUCUCUCUGGCGGAUAACAUGUUCACAGGUCCCAUUCCACAGUCUAUUGGGAACUUAGGCAACUUGACUUCGCUGUAUCUUUUCACUAAUUUUCUUUCUGGACCUAUCCCUGAAGAAAUUGGAAAGCUAACAUCUCUUGAACAUCUUGAACUCAGCAAUAACAAUCUCAGCAACAAGAUACCCAAUUCUGUUGGUAAUUUGGGAAAGUUAACUUACUUAUACCUUCCUGGGAACAAUCUCACAGGAUAUAUUCCCCCAUCCAUGGGAAAUUUAACCAAUCUCAUGCAAUUGGUACUCUAUGAAAACCACUUACAGGGGGAAAUCCCACUCGAAUUGGGAAAAUUGAAGUUUCUGGUUGAUAUUCGCCUCUUCAGAAACCAACUAAUUGGUGUUCUUUCAGAUGCAUUCAAUAAUUUUACCCAGUUGCAAACGCUACAAGUAUUUGAAAAUAAUCUUACUGGCCAUUUACCCCAAAAUAUUUGCAAAGGCGGUUUAUUAAAGCGGUUCUUGCUACAUGACAAUAACUUUGACGGUACCAUGCCGAGAAGUUUGAAAAAUUGUUCUAGCUUAGAAGUAAUCUGUGUCCAUAGAAACCAACUAUCAGGAAACAUAUCUGAAGAUUUUGGUGAUUAUCCACAUGUUGAUUGCAUCGAUUUAAGAGAUAAUAAAUUUUAUGGUGCCUUAUCCUGGAAUUGGGCAGCCUUUCUGAAUUUGACGAGUUUGAGGAUCUCCAACAAUAAUCUUUCUGGCGAAAUACCAACUGGGCUUGGAGAAGUAUCUCGUCUGCAAAGACUUCACCUCUCUUCAAAUCGCUUACAUGGGGAGAUCCCCAGAAAUUUGGGGAAGUUGACUUUGUUGCUUGACCUUAAGCUGGACAACAACAACCUUUCGGGCAAUAUACCUUCAGAAAUUGGUCAGAUGUCUAGACUUCUAAAUCUAAGUUUGUCGGCGAAUAAUCUUAUUGGCUCAAUUCCAGAUCAAAUUGGCUACUGUACACAGUUGGUGGAAUUGAAUUUGAGCCAAAAUGCACUGAUUGAAAGUAUUCCUUCUCAAAUUGGAAAUCUUCACUCACUUGAAACUCUUGAUCUCAGCCAAAACAUGUUGGAAUCCAAAUUGCCACCAGAGUUAGGGGAGUUGAAAAGCAUUGAGGAGAUGAAUCUUUCACAUAAUAGGAUAACAGGAACGAUCCCCUCUAGCUUUGAUCAUUGCCUCAGUUUGAUUUCUAUUGAUAUAUCCUUUAAUGAGUUGGAAGGUCCUCUUCCCAACAUUACUGCAUUUCAAAAAGCUCCAUUGGAUGCGCUGAGACACAAUGCUGCUUUAUGCGGCCGCAGCAUUGUUGGUUUGAGACCUUGCACCCAAUCAACAAGAACUGGGACUCUUAGAAGGAAGACAAGCAUGAAAAUUAUUUUUCUGAUUGUUUUUCCAGCUCUAGCAGCCGUGUUUCUUUUGAUUAUAGUUGUGGGGAUUUUCUUUCGUGCUAGAAGAUCACACACAGAAUAUGCUGAAAAUGAGCCAAGAGAAUCAAACGAAAAUUUAUUUGCCAUUUCAAGCUUUGAUGGGAAAACAGCCUUUGAAAAUAUUAUUGAUGCAACAGAAAAUUUCAACCCCAAGCAUUGCAUCGGAGUGGGAGCAUUUGGAAGUGUUUUUAGAGCAGAGUUGCUGAAUGGUCAAGUUGUUGCUGUCAAGAAACUUCAUGCAACAGAUAGUGGUCUAUUGAGCAGUCCAAAAGAUUUUGCCAAUGAGAUCCGUGCACUAACAAAUAUUAGGCAUCGUAACAUCGUCAAGCUGUACGGAUUCUGUUCACAUACCAAAUACACCUUCUUGGUGUAUGAAUUCAUGAAAGGGGGAAACCUGAUGCACUUGCUGAGCAAUGAUGAAACAGCAGCCAAGUUCGAUUGGAUCAAGAGGGUAAACGUUGUUAAAGAUGUGGCAAAUGCAUUGUCUUAUAUGCAUCAUGGUUGUUCAUAUUCUAUAGUUCAUAGGGAUAUAUCCAGCAAAAACAUUCUGUUAGAUUCCGAGUAUCAAGCUCACAUCUGUGACUUCGGCACGGCAAGACUCAUGAGGCCUGAUUCAUCUAAUUGGACUUCAUUUGCAGGAACUUAUGGUUAUGCUGCUCCAGAACUUGCUUACACUUUGGAAGUAAACGAAAAAUGUGAUGUUUAUAGCUUUGGAGUCCUAGCUUUGGAAGUGAUCAUGGGGAAGCAUCCGGGUGAUUUGGUAUUGUCAAUGUUGUCAGCAUCAUCAUCGAUCCAUGGCAUUCUGCUGAAAGAUAUUGUGGAUCCCCGACCUCGUUCUCUGACUAAGCAAAUGGCUGAAAAAGUGGUGUUGGGGACAAAACUAGCAUUGCUGUGCGUGGAUCCCAAUCCUCAGUUGAGGCCUGACAUGCAACAAGUUUGUGUCCAACUAUUAAAACAAAGGCCACAUCUGGAAAGCAUGUUUCCUGUCAUCACAAUUGGACAACUUCUGGCUCUGGAAUUGUCUGGCUUUUGA